AAGAAUGUAUUCGUGCAUUGGGUCGUGGUGAUGGUUGUCAUGUACCAUUUCGUGGUUCAACAUUAACAAAAGUUUUACGUGAUUCAUUUAUUGGUGAUAAAUCAAAAGUUUGUAUGAUUGCAAUGGUUUCACCAACACAUUCUGAUGUUGAAAAUACAAUGAAUACAUUACGUUAUGCUGAUCGAGUUAAAGAAUUACGUGCUGGUGAUAAUGGUGAAACUGUAUCAAAUGAAGAUGAUGAAAUUAAAAUGGAUGGAAUAAAGAAAGCAUUACCUAUUGAUGAUAAUAAAGAAAAUAAACGUCGUCAUCAUUAUCCACAUCAUCAUCGUGAUGGUUCUGCUUCGUCCAAUGAUAGUACAAGUUCAUCAUCAAAUGAUAUACGAGAUGAGUAUGAUGAAGAUGAUGAACAAGAUGAAGCAUUAGCUUCAUAUGCAGCACAAGUUGAACAUUUACAAGAAUAUGAAGAAGCACUAUUUGAUUCAUGUCAAGAAAUUUUAGCGAAUAAAGAACCAAUAUUAACGCGACAAUUACGUACAAUUGUUAAACAAGCACAAGAUACAGUUGAUUAUGAUCAAGAAAAAUUUGUUAAUGAUAUGCGUGCAAAUUUAUUACAACGUCAACAAAUAUUAGAUGAACUUCAAACACGAUUACAAGCAUUUGCUGAUUGUCUUCAACAAGAAGAACAAGUUGCUGCUCAACAACGUGUUAAACAACAUCAUCAUCAUUCAAAUGGCAAUAUAUAUUAA